AGCAUCCCCUCUGUUGGUAGUCGUGUGAAACAAGUGACCAUUUCAGAGUCAUGAUCCCCCACUUGAGAAGUUCUCACUCUUGAUGAUGGCUUCAUAUCCGCAUGUCGAAAUGGGUUUCAUAGUGGCAAGAUGACCGAGCGGUCUGAAGUGCUCGACCCAAGAGAUGGGUUUCAUUGACCUUGAGUGGUUUUCUCGCGCGCCCAAAUGUCUUCCAAGUUCGAAAGAGCGGGUGGAUCAUGCAAUCAUAAUAAUUCCUGGAAAUAAAAACCUAAUAGGACUUGCUAUCCAGUCCGCCAGUACUCGUUCCCUAAUCCCCAGCGCUGAAGGAAACAUGUCCUCGACCUCCCGUAGCGCAGUGGUUAACGAUCUUGAGAAGGCGCCUCACAUUCAUACUGCGGAUCCAGCGCCUGCGUCCUCCAAGCUCCACAGGACCAUGACCCCAAGCGGUCGUCAUCCUGUCGACUACUCACAGACGCCUAUCCCCAUCAGCCAUAGGAAGUACGCCAACCCGGCCCCCUUGGGUUUCCUCGCGUUCGGAACAGGUUUCUUCAUUACCAGUCUCUUCAACCUUCAUGUUCGAGGGAUUACUAUUCCAAAUGUCGCCGUGCCAAUGGUAGUUUUUUUUGGCGGCAUCCAAUUAAUCAUUGCUGGCAUAGUGGAAUUGCUCACGGGAAACACGUUCGGUUGCACUAUCUUCUCUGCUUACGGGGGUUACAACCUUGCAUAUGGUGGCAUCUACCUACCAGAUAUUGGUGUCAUGGCGGCCUACAAGCUUAAAGAUGGUGGCCUCUCCCCGCAAUACUAUCAAGCUUUGGGCAUCUUCUUGAUUGCAUGGAUGUCACUCUCCAUUGUAUUUCUUAUUGGCGCAUGUCGUUCCUCCGGUGCCGUCGUUUCUACACUGGCCAGCGCAGCUCUUUCGUUCAUGAUGCUGGGUAUCCACGCUUUCUCUGGAAACGACAACUGCCGACUCGCAGGAGGCUGGUUCGGCCUUAUAUCCGCCGGAUCAGCUUGGUGGGCAUCUAUGAGUGGAUUCUGGUUGAAGGAUUCCACCUUGACUUGGCUGAAAGUCAAUCCCAUCGACUUCUCUCCUAGGGAUUAAUACAUGCACAGUCGUACUCGUCUGGAAUUUGUUAAUGUGCUGUCGGGGGAUCAAGCUUUGGCUUCAGUUUCCACACCCUCAAUUCUGGUCGGGCACCCAGACUCGUCAUCGAGUGCUAUAGUCCGCCGCUUUAUUCUUUUCUUCUUCCCUGUUCUACCUAUUCCAGUUUUCCGUGCCUUGUGGUCGAUUAUUUUAGUUUGUUGCUUGACUUGGGUUUGUCUCAUAAUAUCGCUUAUCCCAACCCAAACUGAA